CGUGUAUCUAAAGUAUAUUGUGUUGAAAUAGCCACUAAGUAAAAAGAAAAAAGAAAAAAAACAUAAUAGCAUUAUUACUGAGACUGACUCCAUGAAAAAUGGAUUAUAUGAUGGAGUGAAUGUGAGUUUCUGUGUCUUGGUAAUGGAUUUAGCCUAAUGAUGCCCCUUUUGUCCAAAAGAGGGAUUAUUUUGAAGAGGAAAGCAGUGGAAACAGGCCAGCUGUGGACGGCAGUAGAAGUCAGCUCUCUGAAUGAUUGUCUGAACCAGAAAAUUCCCAGUACGGUCCAGUCUCUCAACAGCCUGAAUGAUCAGAUCGCUCAGUUUAUGGUGACCAGACCAUGUAAUCUGCCUGUUGAGGAUGAGACUUUCAUGCCAGGUGAGAGGGACACCUUGAGGAAGUCCAUGACGCUGAUGAGACACCUGCUCAUGGAUGCUCAGGGGAAAAUCCUUAAAAUGAUGGAAGACAACAAACAGCUGGCACAGAGGAUUGAUGGGGCCAUCCAGUCUGCCAGUCAGGAAGUAACCAACCUCCGCUCCGAGCUCUCUGCCACCAGCCGCAGACUGGCAGAGCUGGGCGGUGGUGGUGGGAAGGGGGGCAGAGGGGGCUCUGCUCCUACUGUAUCAGCAAGUGGAGAAGCGACAGCCACACACAGCAAAACUCCCCAGGGCAGAGCAGUUGUGUUGUUGCGUGAGGAAGUGGCCCAGCUUCAAGAAGAGGUCCACCUGCUGAGGCAAAUGAAAGACAUGUUAAGUAAGGACCUGGAAGAAACCCAGGGAGGCUGCACAGCCAAUCUACUCUCCGCCACGGAGCUCCGUGUUCAGCUGGGUGACAAGGAGCAGGAGCUGGACCGUGCCAAGGAGGCCUUACAAGCUAUGAAAGCUGACCGUAAGCGUCUAAAAGCGGAAAAGGGAGACUUGGUGAGCCAGAUGCAGCAGCUGUACACAACACUGGAGAGCAGAGAAGACCAGCUGCGAGAAUUCAUACGCAACUACGACCAGCACCGAAAGGAGAGUGAGGAUGCAGUGAAGAUCCUGGCUAAAGAGAAGGAUAUGCUUGAGAGGGAGAAGUGGGACCUGAGGAGGCAGACCAAAGAAGCCACAGAGCAGGCCAACAUCCUUUGUACUCAGAUGGACAUGAAAGAGAACAGGGUCAAAGAACUGGAGGCCGAGCUAACCAUGGCCAAGCAGUCUCUGGCCACCCUGACAAAAGAUGUACCGAAGCGCCACUCAUUGGCCAUGCCUACAGAGCCUGUGGUGAAUGGCAGUCAGGAGUGGGUGAUGCAGGCUGAUCUGCCACUGACGGCCGCCAUCCGACAGAGUCAACAGACCCUCUAUCAUGGACACACAACAGACAGACAGGCUGUGGUCAGGAUCAGCCCCUGCCACUCUCGCCAGCCCUCCGUCAUCUCUGAUGCUUCUGCGGCCGAUGGGGACCGCUCCUCCACGCCAAGUGACAUCAACUCACCUCGUCAUCGGACCCACUCCCUCUGCAAUGUAAGAGCUGCCUGGCCCCCUUGACCAAGUAAUCACACCUCCCUCCUCUUUUCCAUGGAGGACCUGGAGGACCAGAAGCGUAAGAAGAAGAAGGAGAAGAUGACUCUGGGAUCUCUGUCACGGGUGUUCGCUCGGGGCAAGCAGCGCAAAUCACUGGACCCCGGCCUGUUUGAUGACUCUGACAGCCUCACACAGCAGAGCCUGUCUGAUGGAGAGGAGCAGCUGGACCGCCUCCAGCAGGCAGAGCUCACUCGAAAUGCAUGCAUGUCACUGUGGAGGGCAGGUGCAGUCCAGGCCUGGCUGGAGGUUGUCAUGGGAAUGCCCAUGUACAUCCGUGCCUGCUCUGAAAACGUCAAAAGUGGCAAGGUGCUGCUUGUCCUCACAGAUGAGGAUUUAGAGCUGGGUCUGGGUAUCACUAACCCAAUUCAUCGCAGGAAACUAAGACUGGCAAUUGAGGAUUACAGGAGAGCUGAAGGGGACCAAGGACUAUCAAAAGCAUCUGAGAUGGAGCAUCACUGGGUUGCAACAACAUGGCUGAGUGAUGUGGGACUGCCUCAAUACUCCCAAACUUUCCAAACUCACUUAGUGGAUGGACGGGUACUGAACUCUCUCAGCCGCAGAGAUCUGGAGAGAUUCCUCAACAUCAGUGACCAGUUUCACCAGACCAGUCUACUUCUGGCAAUCCAACUUCUGCAAAUGCUCAGCUUUGAUAAAGAGGCCCUGCAGGCACGACGGGCAAAAUGCGAGCACCAAGACCGAGACCCCAUUGUUUGGACAUGUCACAGAGUAAUGAAGUGGAUCAGAGACAUAGAUCUCAAGGAGUUUGCAGACAAUCUUCAGGGUAAAGGUAUUCACGGAGCUGUGAUGGCUCUGGACCCGUCCUUUGACACAGAUGCCAUGGCCAAAGCCUUGGGGAUCCCCAGCAACAAACACAUGCUUCAUCGGCACCUUUAUGAAGAAAUGAAAUCACUCAUUGUGCCUCACAACAAUGUGGAGCAGAGCUUUGAUGUUGUCGGUUCAUCUUCACCUGUGGCUGUUAAACGCCUUACUGAAGAGAGGGUGUCUAUGAGAAGAUCAGGCAAGAGUCCACUGAGGUUACGUGCCAACAGCCACUCUGUGGAACGAAGUCUGGACUUCCACGGCAGCUGCGGCUCUCUGCCCAGAGAGGCCAGAGUUCAGGCUAUAUCCCGGGCCAAAGGCAGCCCGAUGCACACCUACAAGAGUGUGGAAAUCACUAAUGUCUGAACUACUCUCAGCCAUCAAAACCACACACAUUGUUACUAUUGUUUACAUUGAAAUUGUAUUAUAGCUGUUUACUACUGAGAAAGACUUACACUACUCAUCAUUGCUGGAAUAUAAGAACGUUGAUAGAUAAGUUGUUCUAAAGGAGUAUACUAGCCUACUUAAUUUAAGAAGAAAAUA